GUUGAAAUGUCAGAAAAUCCGUCAAAUUUAAUCAAAUCGCUUUAUCAGACGAUUUUGCGAUACCUCAGACCGUCAAGUAUGAUAACUUAUUUACAAAAUACGCUAAACUUCUGCAAGGAAAAUCCCAGCGUUCCGUUUGUAACGGCGGCCGGAUUGAUCUAUACAACAUAUUAUUUAUGCAGCGUCGUGAAGAAGCCAUUGAUAGCCUGUAAAGAUCAGAAAUUGUUGGGCUUCAUUAAGAAACAUUGUCCAAUAUCUACAGAAAAAUACUGGCCAACUUUUUGGUGCAUUGAAUCUCGUCUGCAAACUAUUUUGAGAGUUUUGCUUCAAUCCAAGCCCAAUGUGCAAUACAGAAGUGAGUUAAUCUAUACGGCUGAUGGGGGACAAAUUAAGUUAGAUUGGGCGGAGAACGAUAGUAAUCAAAUAUUCAAUAAAGAAGUUCGUCCCACCAUUCUAUUAUUACCGGGACUGACAGGUAGCAGUAACGAAUCAUAUAUCCUUCAUAUGGUAACCAACGCAAUGAAUUUGGGGUACAGAUGUGUUGUGUUCAACAAUAGAGGAGUUGGUGGUUCCAGAUUACUUACUCCAAGAACAUAUUGUGCUGCUAAUACUGAAGAUCUGACAUUUGUGGUAAAUCAUAUCAAAGUUAAAUAUCCACAGGCACCCCUAAUGGGUACAGGUGUGUCUUUAGGAGGCAUGAUAUUAUUCAACUAUUUAGCUAAAACGGGUAAAGAUUGUAAACUAGUUGCAGGAAUCUGUAUGUCUGUGGCAUGGAAUGUCUUUGAAUCUGUCCUGGAACUAGAGAGACCUAUCAAUUUAUAUUUAUUUAACCGGACUUUAGCCCAGUCUUUAACGGAAUUGGUCAAGAAGGAUAUAGAUUUAUUCGAACAUCAUUUUGAUAUGGAACAUGUUUUAAAGAGUUCAACAAUUCGUGAGUUUGAUGAUAGAUUUACAGCUAAGAUGUUCGGGUAUUCAUCAUGGGAAGAGUAUUAUCAAGAAGCCUGUAUCCAUGAGAAAGUUCAUGCUAUAGAAGUUCCUGUUCUAUGUUUAAAUGCUUCGGAUGACCCCUUUUCGCCCUCACAUGCAAUCCCUGUAAAAGAUGCAAAUAACCAUGACAACGUAGCAUUAGUGGUGACCUCACACGGCGGCCACAUUGGAUUUUUGGAGGGAAUCAUGCCCCGUCACUCGACUUACAUGUAUCGCUGGUUUACUCAAUUCAUGGACUCAGUGUUUAAACACGGAAAGAAAGAAUUGCCGUGA